CAUUAUUUCCUUCCACUUUUCUCUUUCCUCACUUACUUGAUUUCCACGCCUAGCGUGUCGUCGCUGAUUAUCCGGCAUGUCUGAUUGGGAGGCAUCUGACAGCGAUACUCAAGCCAAAGCAGGUCCUCAGGUAAAGGUGCCGCUGGCAAAGAAGCCUACCAAGGGAAAAUGGGAGGGAGAAGAUGAGGACGAUGAUGCUCCCGCAAGUGACUGGGAAGACUCAUCCGAGGAGGAAGAGAAGGUCCCAUCGGCACCAGUAGCACCACCAAAGAAGAAGGGUACUCUAAAGGCAAAAAUUGCGGAGAAGGAAGCUGCUAAAGCUGCACGUAAAAACGAAGAGGACCCAUACGACUCGGACUCCGUGCUGGAUCCAAGGGAGAAAGCCCGAAGAGAGAAAGAAAUGGAGCUUAAUUCCGACCUUAACAAUGCCGCUGAUUUGUUUGGCGCCGCCGCCCUCGGAGGCACAACCUCCAAGGAAUUGGAUUCCCUUCUGUCUUUCCAGCCUCGGACGAAGGAAGAUUUCAUACAGCUUUCAUCGCGCAUAAUAGAGGUCGUCAUCAAAAAACACCAGAAUAAGCCGUUGUAUCCGGCGUUUGUCGAACAUUUUGUGCGCGAACUGGCUAUGCCUCUCAAGGAUGUCGAAGUGCGCAAAGCCGCCAGUGGGUUGACAACCCUUGCCAACGAAAAGCAAAAGGAGCAGAGAGACAAGGCGAGCGGCAAGAAGAAGCCGAAAGCAGCAUCUAAGCCAGCUCUCGGAGCUGCAAAGGUUGCAAACAGGGUCGACACUAGCAUUUAUGAUGAAGCCUUGGACGAUUUUGGCAGCCAUGCUGAUGAUUUCAUGUAGACGGCUUACCUUUUGUUUCUAUAGUAAGUUUACGUCGUUUUUAAUACUGUGUUGUAGAGGGCACUGUUGUAGACUAAUUGACGCCCGAUCUGGAAGAAAGGGUAGGUAUUUAAGAUAUGCCACAUCUGUGUUACCAUUCAUCUCAUUCUUCCUCAGACACAGGCAAUACACGUAAUUUGUACCAAGAACCAAGAGCUUGGCAGUCUACGUCCCAACGAUUCCUCAACAUGUGCUCGUUAAGAUCGUUACGCGUCGCCGUAGCUGGAAGAUGUACAGUGUCGGGUCCUUCUCAGAAGAAAUUUUACCUUCUUCGUUUAGAGUGAACGAAAACGAAGUCCUUCC